AUGCCUGCGACAGAUGCAAGCGGAUCUACUUAUCCUCCUCAAGAUGGCGGAGAAGGAGCUUGGCUGUUCUUGCUCGGAGCAUGUAUAAUCGAGGUCACCGCAUGGGGUUUCCCCUACUGUUAUGGCGUCUUUGAGGCAUACUUCAAUACCCACCCACCAUUCCAAGGUCAGAAUCUUGUGUCAACCGGUGGAGUUCUGUCGAACGGAGUUUUGCAGCUGUCAUUGCCUCCAGUCAUGUACUAUGUCAACAAUUUCCCCAAGCACCGUAUUCCAAUUAUGUGGCUGGGUUGUUCGAUCUGUGCCUUUUCUGCCAUUGGUGCAGGCUUUGCCAGAACACCAUUGCAACUCAUCAUGACAAUUGGUCUGCUUUACGGCAUGGGAGCGGGCAUGCUGUUCGGUCCGUCCAUCCAUCUGAUGGCGGAAUGGUUCAAGGUGAAGAAGAGUUUGGCAUAUGGUUUUAUGUGUGCAGCCGCGGGAGCAGGCUUGCCUCCAGUCUACACAGCUUGUCUGAAUCGCUACGGCUACAAAGCCACUUUGAUCGGCUGGGGCAUCAUCACAUUCAUCGUAACGUCUCUUGGAUUGCUAUGCAUACGCCCUCGAUUGCCUGUAUCAGCUAAACCGCCGUCUCCAUCGAGGAAAGACUUUGAAUUUGCAAAGAAACCACUCUUUCUCAUCAUGCUCAUCGCAACCAUGAUCCAAGCGGCCGCUCAUUACGGACCAAGUCUUUAUCUGCCUUCGUUUGGUGCCGAUUUUGCACUCUCCCCUGCGGAAGCGGCUAUGCUGGCAAGUCUUCUGAAUCUGGCUCAGGCUAUUGGACAGCCAUUACAAGGAUGGCUUGCUGAUUGGCGCAAAUCAUAUUACAUCCCAAUGCUCAUCAGCACCGUUGGCGCAAGUCUUGAAGCUCUACUCAUAUGGGGCUUUGCUCGAAACCUCUGGUCACUGUCCGUAUUCGCAGUGGCAUUUGGCAGUACAGCAGGUGGUUUUGCAGUGCUGCGGCCUCGAUUCGCAGCUGAGAUUGUAGGCGAUCAAGAAGAACAGGAUAAUCAGAGUUUGCUUGUUUUUGCUAUCCUGACAGCAAGUCGAGGAUCUGCGAUCAUUGGCUCUGGCUUCAUCAUGAAGAGCCUGGUACAUGAAGGCUGGUCGACAAAAGGCUGGGGCGGUGGCCCGGCUUGGUCGAAUCUUGUCAUUUAUACUGGCGCUAUCAUGUUUGCUGCGAGUUUCGGUGCCGUGGGUAUGUUUGUGGGUCCUGCGAGGGGAUACGGCAGAGCGAAGAAACAGACGCCGCUCGGCGACGCAUAA